AUGCACACCCACGCUCACUUCUUGCUGCGAAACCAAUACCUCAAACUGCAGACAGCGAAUCUAAAAGGCGUGGAGGCCAAGCCAGUAAGUCACAGCCUGCUUGAAUGGGAGGCUAAAGUGGAAGGACUGAAAGACACGUUGUGGGAAGGUGCUGUUUUGCUGCUGACAUUGCAUUUCACUGAGUCUUACAACUCUGUCCCUCCAACCGUCGAAUUCAACGCCAUCCCUUUCCACCCCAAUGUGGACAAGGACACAGGUAGCCCAUGUAUCCCCUGCCUGGACAGCGAGUGGAACCCCAGCAUCUCAAUCAGCAGUAUUCUUCUGAGCAUCCAGACCAUGCUGUCCAACCCAGUGCUGGAGGGAGCGGUGAACCCCGAAGCUGCUGACAUGCUCAGGUCCAGCCCAUCCACCUACCACCGUGUGGUGCUGGAAUGUGUCAGGGCCAGCCAGGAACUGGAGAGGGACAGGAAAGCCGUGCAGUUCAACUCACAAAACAGGCUUGUGAGGAGAAUCCCCUUUGAGGAUUAUCUGAAGACAUGGACAAAGAUGGCCACCACUAAAGCCGGCUCGUGGAUGAGGACGGAAUCCCUGGAGGAUCUCAUCAAGCGCCCUGAGACCUUUGCCAUGUAUUAUGGGACACCAGACAAGGACUCUCCCAUGGGGACACAGUGUGAAACGUUCCGAGCCUUAAUGUAUGGUACCGUGCACCAGCCUAAGAAGACCAAACCAGUGAGUGAGGGGAGACAGGCGAGGAUGGACCAAAUGAGAAAGAUUUACCUCCUCUACAGAACACCAGACAUGCUGACCCCUCAGGUGAAUGUGCAGAGAGACUCCAUGGCCACCAGGGGUCUCUGUCGAGCACAUGACAGACAGCAACAGGACCUCUGGGAGAACGAGGUGGACAAACUGGUGGCCUGGACACACUCACUGUCAUUCGAGGAGUUGGAGGAGGAGUGAUGCCUCCAUGUACAUACACGCCUUGCAAUUAGAUACACGCCUUGCAAUUAGAUACACGCCUUGCAAUUAGAUACACGCCUUGCAAUUAGAUACACGCCUUGCAAUUAGAUACACGCCUUGCAAUUAGAUACACGCCUUGCAAUUAGAUACACGCCUUGCAAUUAGAUACACGCCUUGCAAUUAGAUACACGCCUUGCAAUUAGAUACACGCCUUGCAAUUAGAUACACGCCUUGCAAUUAGAUACACGCCUUGCAAUUAGAUACACGCCUUGCAAUUAGAUACACUUGACCAAUAAAAUGGGAAAACUUCUUGUACUUUA